GGGGCACUGACCGCCUGCUCAUCUGUCCCCAGAUGGAGGUGGACCCGGAGGAGAAGCGCCACCGCACGCGGUCCAAAGGGGUCCGAGUGCCCGUGGAGCCGGCCAUCCAGGAGCUGUUCAGCUGUCCCACCCCCGGCUGUGACGGCAGCGGCCACGUCAGCGGCAAAUACGCGAGACACAGAAGUGUGUAUGGCUGCCCCUUGGCCAAAAAGAGGAAAACCCAGGACAAGCAGCCCCAGGAGCCGGCUCCCAAGCGGAAGGCGUUCUCGGCGAAGGCCGACAGCUCCUCGGCGGAUGAGCGCUACGAGAGCGACGACGGCACGGAGGACCUGGACGAGAAGGACGAGGAGGAGGAGGAGGAGGAGGAGUUCUCGGAGGAGGAGGAGGACGAGGAGGGGGACCGCGAGGACGAGGAGGAGCUGGAGGAGGACGACGAGGACGAGGAGGAGGAUGCAGAGGAUGUCUCCUCCGAGUGUGAAAUGUUCACUCUCCUGACACCUGUUGUCCUUUCAGAUCCCUCAAGAGCAGAAAAGAAAGAGAGCAAGUGUCCGACCCCAGGCUGUGACGGAACCGGCCACGUGACCGGGCUGUACCCGCAUCACCGCAGCCUGUCCGGAUGCCCGCACAAGGACAGGGUCCCCCCGGAAAUCCUGGCCAUGCACGAGAACGUCCUCAAGUGUCCCACUCCCGGCUGCACGGGGCGAGGGCACGUGAACAGCAACCGGAACUCGCACCGCAGCCUCUCCGGGUGCCCGAUCGCGGCGGCGGAAAAGCUGGCGAAGGCCCAGGAGAAGCACCAGAGCUGCGACGUGGCCAAGUCCAGCCAGGCCUCCGACCGCGUGCUCAGGCCGAUGUGCUUUGUAAAGCAGCUGGAGAUCCCUCACUACGGCUACAGAAACAGCGUCCCCACCACCACGCCGCGCUCCAACCUGGCCAAGGAGCUGGAGAAAUACUCCAAGACCUCGUUUGAGUGCGGCGGUUACGACAGCCACACCUACGGCAAGCGGGCCAUAGCUCCCAAGGUGCAAACCAGGGACAUAUCCCCCAAAGGAUAUGAUGCGAAGCGGCUCUGCAAAGACGGCAGCCCCAGCAGCAGCGCCGCCAGCAGCUACGCGCCCAGCAGCAGCAGCAGCCUGAGCUGCGGGGGCGGCGGCAGCAGCGCCAGCAGCACCUGCAGCAAGAGCAGCUUCGACUACACGCACGACGUGGAGGCGGCGCACAUGGCGGCCACCGCCAUCCUCAACCUGUCCACCCGCUGCCGGGAGAUGCCGCAGAGCCUGCCCGCCAAGCCGCAGGGCCUGUGUGCCGCUCGGAACCCCGACAUGGAGGUGGACGAGAACGGCACGCUGGACCUCAGCAUGAACAAGCAGCGGCCGCGGGAGGGCUGCUGCCCCGUGCUGACGCCGCUGGAGCCCAUGUCGCCGCAGCAGCAGGCCGUGAUGAGCGGCCGGUGCUUCCCGCUGAGCGAGGGCGACUGCUGGGACCUGCCCGUGGACUACACCAAGAUGAAGCCGCGGAGGGUGGACGAGGACGACUCCAAAGAGAUCGGCCCGGAAGACCUGGACCCCUUCCAGGAGGCUCUGGAAGAGAGGAGGUACCCGGGGGAGGUGACCAUCCCCAGCCCCAAGCCCAAGUACCCCCAGUGCAAGGAGGGCAAGAAGGACCUGAUCACUCUGUCGGGCUGCCCCCUGGCUGACAGGAGCAUCCGGAGCAUGCUGGCCACCAGCUCACAGGAACUCAAGUGCCCCACCCCCGGCUGCGACGGCUCCGGACACAUCACGGGCAACUACGCGUCCCACCGAAGCCUUUCAGGUUGUCCGAGGGCGAAGAAGAGCGGCAUCCGGAUAGCGCAGAGCAAGGAGGACAAGGAGGACCAGGAGCCGAUCAGGUGCCCCGUCCCCGGCUGCGACGGCCAGGGCCACAUCACCGGGAAGUACGCCUCGCACCGCAGCGCCUCGGGCUGCCCCCUGGCGGCCAAGCGGCAGAAGGACGGGUACCUCAAUGGCUCCCAGUUCUCCUGGAAGUCGGUCAAGACGGAGGGCAUGUCCUGCCCGACGCCCGGGUGCGACGGCUCGGGGCACGUCAGCGGCAGCUUCCUCACGCACCGCAGCUUGUCCGGCUGCCCGCGAGCCACGUCGGCGAUGAAGAAGGCGAAGCUGUCCGGGGAGCAGAUGCUGACCAUCCGGCAGCGAGCCAGCAACGGGAUCGAGAACGACGAGGAGAUCAAGCAGCUGGACGAGGAGAUCAAGGAGCUGAACGAGUCCAACUCGCAGAUGGAGGCCGACAUGAUCAAACUCAGGACCCAGAUCACCACCAUGGAGACCAACCUGAAGACCAUCGAGGAGGAGAACAAGGUGAUCGAGCAGCAGAACGAGUCGCUCCUGCACGAGCUGGCCAGCCUGAGCCAGUCCCUCAUCCACAGCCUGGCCAACAUCCAGCUGCCGCACAUGGAGGAUGGUGGAUGGUGGGGGCAAUAAAUGAGGUUUUUUGCAUUCCAAGGAAAUGGCAUAUGGAUUAACUGUAAGAAAUAAGUAAUUUAUUGUAAGACAACAUCAAGCCAUGGAAACUUGGCAGAAGAUUCAAA